AUGGCCCUAUACCAUCAAACCGUGGAUUUCCUCACGGACUCCUGGGCCAACCAGCGCACGCAACUGCCCCUGUUGGCAGUCACUGGAGCCUCCUUUACGCUUGGUCUCCUGCUUCGAUCGCUGCUCAGUCGCGGCGAGCUCACUGCGACCAUCCUCCCUUCACCCCGCACUCGACUCUUGGCUGGCCUCUCGGAAGAGGAGAACCGCAAACUGCCCCUCCCCAACGACGUGCUUCCUGGUGCGCGCGAUGUCGCCAGUCCGUAUGGUUCAAUCCGGGUGUAUGAAUGGGGUCGUGAGGAUGGUCCAAAGGUUUUGCUGGUGCAUGGCAUCACUACGCCCUGUAUCGCGCUCGGUGGGGUGGCCCAUGCGCUAGUGGACCGGGGUUGCCGAGUGAUGCUCUUUGAUCUCUUUGGACGAGGAUACUCUGACUGCCCGGCUGAUCUUCCCCAGGAUGAGCGGCUGUUCGCGACGCAGAUCAUGCUGGCUCUGACUUCGUCACCCAUUGCCUGGACCGGGGCUGAAUCGGGCAAGUUCUGUCUCGUCGGUUACUCCCUCGGUGGUGGUAUUGCGGCUGCUUUCGCGUCGUUCUUCCCGCAUCUGCUGUCAUCUUUAGUGCUUCUUGCACCUGCCGGUCUGGUUCGCGACUCGCGGAUCAGUUUCCAGAGUCGCCUUCUCUAUUCACGAGGCUUGAUGCCGGAGAACCUUCUGGGUUAUCUCGUCGGUCGUCGCCUACGAGCUGGUCCUUUGGUGUCUCCUAAGCCCAAGAAUCAUAAAUUCAACGCCGCAGACGCGCUCACGGAGGAGCUUCCCUCGCAGAGCGCAGCCGAGAUCCAGAUUCUUUCACGGGAAUAUCCGCACAUUAAUAUUCCAUCUGCCGUGGCAUGGCAGGUGAAUCACCACUCGGGCUUCGUACACGCGUUCAUGUCGAGCAUGCGUCACGGUCCAAUCUUAGGCCAGCGCCAGUGGAGCACUUGGGCGCGGCUGGGAGAGUAUUUGAGCGCCCAGAACAGUGUCGCGUCAGGCAAUCAGGGUGCGCCGGGUCUUCCGAGCGAUAAAGUUCAUAUCCUAUGUGGCAAUACCGACGUGAUCAUCAUCAAGGACGAACUUGUCUCUGACGCCACUGCCGUCCUUGGCGGGAACGCGACAUUCAAGUUUUACGAAGCAGGCCACGAAUUCCCCAGCACCAAGUAUGAGGAAGUUGCGUCAUACAUCUCGAAACUACUGUGA